CGCCCCCUUUGACGCACGUAGCCCAGCAGACCCGGAAACAACAAACCGGGAUUACCGUCGUCUCCUCCAGCUGCGUUCACCUCCACUAAGACCAACGUAAAGACGCGCAGAGAGCGAGCUGGGAGACUGCUUCUCAAAGUCACCGAACAGCCCCCAGGACAAGAACCAUGUCUCCCAUGUGAACUGCUCGUGCUGAAUGUGCGAUGGUCUAGCAGUUGUUGUUUUUUUGGUGAUGUGAGACAGUGAGUCAGUACUCCAAUGGAAGCUCCUCCCAACCCGUCCUCCCAGCCAGUCCCGCUUCCCCUUGGUCCCGCCGUCACUCCGUCGGUCAAGCUCAGCUUCACCAUCCUCUACACCACCCUGUACGCCACUCUGUUCCUGGUGGUGUACGCGCAGCUCUGGCUCCUCUACCUCUACAGACACAAGCGAUGGAGCUACCAGAGCGUCUUCCUGUUCCUCUGCCUGCUCUGGGCGGCCAUCCGCACCACCCUGUUCUCCUUCUACUUCUGCAACGCUCUGCAGGCCAACCACCUGCCUGCCGCCGCCUACUGGAUGCUCUAUUGCUUCCCCGUUUGUCUGCAGUUCUUCACUUUCAGCCUGAUCAACCUGUAUUUCACUCAGGUGCUGCUCAAAGUGAGGGAGACGUACAGCUCAGACGUGGAUAGAGGACUGUUGCUGGCGCGGUGCGUGUACGCCGCCCUGAGCGCCGUCUUCCUCUGUGUCAACGUGGCCUGCGCGGCCCUCAGUGACAGAGAAGGCGGCGGCGGGUCGGGGGGGCGGACCUGGAAUCUGGUCCUGCUUCGAGUGCUGGUCAACGACUUGCUCUUCAUCCUGGUCGCGGUGAUGCUGGCCACCUUGCUGCUGCUGCUGACCAGACACUCGCGCUCCGCCAGCCCCUACCUGAUGAGCAAGGGGACCACAGUGUGCCGCACAGCAACGCUGGGAGCCGCGGUGAUCCUGUUGUUUGCCAGCCGAGCCUGCUACAACCUGACGGUGCUCUUUCUGUCCCUGAGCCGCCGAGUGGAGUCGUUCAACUUUGACUGGUACAACGUCUCCGACCAGGCCGACUUGCAAAGUGAACUGGGCGACCAGGGCUACCUGGCCUUUGGGGCCAUCCUCUUCAUAUGGGAGCUGCUCCCCACCAGUCUGCUCAUCCUCAUCUUCAGAGUUCGCCGGCCGGCUCAAGAGACCAGCAGCAUGGCCGUCAACAACAGGGUCCUACCUCGUCCAUAUUUCUUUGAUGACCCUCAAGGCAGCAACGAGGAUGGACCUGUUCCGUGGGCGCGCAGUUCACAACCACACCCGAGCUGGUACGGAUCGGAGUCCGCUCCUCUCCUGUUUGCCAGCAACCCUCCAGACCAAAGCCACCAGCACCACUCGUUCUACUCCACCCCCCAGAACUGACCUCCGCCUCCAGACACUGUCAGGGGUCGUCGCGCCCCCAACGACGUCCAUCUCAAGGGUGGACCGCACACAGCUACUAGCGAGUAGCACCCCCCCCCCCCCUCUUUUUUUUGCACUGAAGACCUCAGGAAUCGGCAAACAAUGACUUUGCACCUUGUAGUUUUGAAACAGAAUGUAUAGAAUGAAAAAAGUCUUAUUUGCUCAAAGGAAGUGAACUCAGUGAUGUUGAUCAUUGUGAUCAGUGACUGCACACAAAGGCUAAAGUGAGAUCACAUGGUAGUGUUCAUUUUAAAGAAUUCAUUGUCCUCUUGUUGAGCACCAAGGUGAACUGGCGUCCACUGUUCCAUAAAUAUUAAGCACAUUUAGCUUCGUAAGCGUUCCUCAUCAAAUGAAGAGAGGCGCUCUCAGGAGAGCGCUGAGUCGACCGACUGGCUGUCACCCAACCAGCGGGCCACGUAGCAAAAGGGGGAUUUGAGAGUGUGAGUCACCGCAAACCGCGAGAGCUCCUUGAGGGUGCAGCCAUCACUGACCGCCCAAAACGUGACGCAGUUUGCUGCAGCCGAAUGAUGAGACUCAGAGGUGCACACUCACUCACUGACCCACACAACUGAUUGCUUGAUUCUCCCGGCGGAGGUCAUUAAUGCACAUAAUGAAGUUCAUGAGCCCUGGAAACAAGUAGCGGCCGUACGCGUUUUGGGGUUUUGUGAAGGAAGGGACGCGCCUCUUAAGGCGUGUGAAGCGUAUGUAGUAAUGUCCUUUGUUAAAUGAUUCCACAUCAGGAGCUUGUGUGUCUUCCUUCGACAUAUUCUGCAGGUAUUUGUCUGGCCGAGUUGUUUCCUGUAGGGCCGCUGUUGGUUAUUUAGUUUUAUAUGUCACUUUGCAAAACGUUUAAUCAUCUUUAUUUAAAAAAAAUGCUUUUGACUUAUUCCCUUCCCUGGAAAUUUUACUUUAACUUAUUUUAUAACUUUUACCAUUUAAUUGUAGCAAAUAGAUCCUUUGUCUUUGUAUUGGAAUGAGGCUUCCUCACAGCACAUACAGUAUAUUUCUAUUUUAUGUAAGCAAACCAAUAAAAAAAUAUGAGCUUGUUUGUAA